AUGGGAAAAUACGAUGUCAAGCUCUACUUGGAUGAGGAUACCAAACGUCUACCACGUCGUCUGACAGCCAUUCAUUUCACUCAGUGGAUUAACUCCAUGCUUCAAGUGUUAGAUCAAAGACUACAUCUCGCUUCUGCAACGGCGUACGGAGCAUUUCCUGCUUACAAUGGAUCUCAAGCCAUCCUCAAUUCCGCCUUUGCGCAUAAUCGAGUUCCAUUUUCCUUCACGUAUCUUCCUGUAAGAAAACGAGUGUGUACGAAAUGCAAGACGGAUCGAGUCGAAGCAAGAGUGGUGGUUCCACCGAAACAGAACCUAUCCUUCUUGGAGUUGAGGGAAGACAUCAUCACGGAUAUAGACCGUGAGCUUCGACAAGCUAACAGCGAGCUAAGUACUAUCGUUAUAUGCACUUCCGACCCGGACUUCAUAGAUAUAAUUGAAGAUUUAAAAAGUUUUGGCUACGUAGUCAUUUUGUUUUCCAAUUUCAAAAAAGACUCCAAUGACCUGACGGUAGCCGAAGACAAAUUCGUGAAUGCAGCUCAUUUCAAUUCUAUGGAUUGGUCGUUUUGA